AUGGCUGAGCUCGAUAAAUGGCUAGCAUCGUCCCCACUUGUGUCAUCAGUAGGAACGAAUUCUUCCAAUAAUAUACAUGAUAUAUCAUACCAAAAUGCACUCUACAUCAGACUACACGCCUUCUUACUCCUCUUGCCUAUUGCCGCCAUGACAUCUCGCUAUUUCAAGGAAAAACUUGAGCAUUGGUGGCUAGGAAUUCAUAUUGUGCUAGUGUCUGCUGCAACUCUAUGCCUGACUUUAUCCAUAGUUGCAAUUUGUACAGUGGUUAGAUCUGACUUGCAUCCAUUACAAGAUGCAGGCUUACAACCACGGGAUGUAAAUGUAUUUCAUCAGUUUCUAGGUUACAUGAUCCUAGGCAUGAUACUGGCUCAGAUCAUUUUGGGUGGGUUUGCUCGACAUUACUACAACCCAGAUCUGCAAAACCCACCAUGGUAUGACCAAAUGCAUGGCCAACUGGGCUUCAUCAUACUGUUUUCAUCAUGGACAAAUCUUGCCAUAGGAACAGUGUUAGCAGCCAAGAUUGGUGCAUUCAAAUCGAUUGGCAUACCAUUUGCAGUCAUGACCAUAUGGAGCAUUAUCGUGACUCUGAUUGGGGUUUGGCUCGAGACCACCGAAGGCCCAUCGUCAAGAUACGUCGAUGGUAAUGUAUUUGUUGCUGCUGGAGCAUUGGGAGCAAAAAAGUUGUUUGCCAUGCCUGCUUCUGAACGACGUCGGUCACUCCAGGCAGCAUCACACGAAACAUUGCAUCACGAUAAAAAGAUGGGCAGUAGUACGCUUGCUGCUGGAUCUGUUGAUACCACUAGUAGCGAAAGCUUAUCCCCAUUAAGAAACGUCAUGCUACGACUUCAGAUACCACAAAUGAUGACCAUCAAGGAAUCACAAGACCAACACUGUCCAUACAUUAUGAGUCCAAUCAAUGCACGACACAAGUGGGGAUCUGAUUUAUCCUCAACCCCUGCCAUGCAUGGCGAGCUACACGAAGCUCCUUCCAACGCAUCGCUUUUGCCGAGUCUCGAUGUUGGCACGAUCACAAAGACGUCCCAACCAGCAACUAUUUCGCCCGAGCCAUUCCCACAUCACAAGGCUGCCACACCAGUCCACUUGCCUCCAUCACGCCAACGCAGUUUGUUGGGAAUGAUGAAACCUGUAUUUCCUACAAUGCCAUCCGCUACUCAUAGUAAACCAAUGACAGAGGGGAAUAUUACAAGAACGCAUAGAAGUCGUAGUAUUAGUUUAAGCAAGGCAUCGACAAGCGCAGUCAAUAUAUUCAACAAGUUGUCAUCGAUGGUAGGAGGAAAUGAGCCGCAAAAGAGAUUGUCUACUACAGAACAACCCAAUCUGCAUAAAGACUCGAUUGAAACACAUCAAGAGCGAGCUCGACAGCGCAGUAAAACUGUAUCUCAAGAUUGUCGUAAUAAAUAG